AUGCAUCUGCCUCACCUGCUCUCGUUACCGCCCGCCAUCAUUGCCCUCUGCGCAGCCCCCGCCGUGAAUGCCGCCGAAGCCGAAUCGCACCCGCAACAAUGGCCGCACAAUGUCCCCAAGCACCUAAAGUACUUUCCCGAGGACGAGAUACGCGUGAAGCGCGGCCUGGACCUCCAAAAGAGACUGCAGUAUGAGAAGCCGAUUGGGGUGAAGAAAAUGAGCCUGGACGAGGGGGAAAUGUUUAUGCUCGACAACUGGAUAUUCGCCUCGGAUUCACAGCAACAACCAGCGCGCAGAUGGGACGCAGACUCGUGGAGCAAUCUCACAGUGCAAGCCGUGUUGUCGCCUUUGCGGCCCAUAGCGCAAUCCGACUGGCUGGCGCGCAUGCAUGUGCGAGAUGUGCUGCUGGGCCGCCAGUUCAAAUGCCCAGAUGGAACGAGCAGCUGCGAGGCGAUUGGGGCGCCGGACGUCUGCUGCGGAACCGGAAGUAACUGCAUAAAGACGUCCGGCAGCUCGGAUGCGGGCAACGUGGGGUGCUGUCCCAAGGGCCAGACGUGCGCGGGCAGCGCGAGCUGCGACGAGGCCAGCGGAUAUACAAGUUGUCCGGAUGCGCCAAACGGUGGAUGCUGUCUGCCCGGGUUCAAGUGCCAGGGCGUUGGGUGUAAGUCUAAAGAUAUUGAUAUUGAUAUCAGUUUAGGCGGAGAUUCUAACUCAGACACAGGUAUCUUGCAAAGUACAUCAACAACAUACGUCCAACCUCCUCCUCCGUCUUCUUCAUCUACUUCUUCUACUUCUUCAGCCACCCCUCCCCCUCCAACAUCAACCGCGGCUCCUCCUCCUCCUUCAAGCACCACCCCCGCACCAACACUCUCCUCCGGCUCCGCCACCACCACCGCCAUCCCAGCCUCAACCGCUGACGUCUGUCCCAAGGGCUUCUACGUCUGCAGCGCCUACUACCCCUCUGGCUGCUGCCGCGUCGGCCGCGACUGCCAGACCACCGGUUCCUCGUGCGUCCUGCCCACCGGCACGGUCCUCAGCUCAAACGGCGUCGUCAUCGUCGCUCCCACCACUACGACUACUGGCUCUGGCUCUGGCUCUUGCCCCAGCGCCUGGUAUAGCUGUCCCGCCGACGCUGGUGGAAACUGCUGUCCAAGUGGAUUCGCCUGUGGCACCCAGCAAUGCACUGCCACCGCGAGUGGCCAGACGGGCGUCCGCGACAAGGCGAACCCGAGUAGUAAAGCUAGUUUUGUAUCUGCGUUUUCCCUUGGCGUAUCGGGUUUUGUCGCUGGCGCUAUUGCCGUUGCCAUGGUGCUGUUGUGA